AGCAAAGGAAAAAAAGACACUGUGCCGGGAAACUACGAUUCCCAGCAACCCUUGCGCCCAAGCCGAAGAAGCCCAGUGCAAUGUGCCUGCUGUUGCUGCUGCAGCGGCAGAAAGUGUGUCACUGGGGCACGAGGCUCUCCCUUGGAGUCACAUGGUGGACGCUCCAGUGCCGCGUGCUGGUGUCUGCGCAGCUGCAGGCAGAGAGGAGAAGGGAGUGAGUGAUCCUGGCAGAGUAAAAUCUUGCAGGCGAAGGGAGAGGUAGCAACAUUGUCAAGCUCCAGGCUGGUGUGAGAGAGUUUGUAUACUCAGCUCAUCUUGCGUCUGGGGCAGCUCCGUGCAAACAGCAGUCUGAAAAAGGCAGCCCCCUCCCCGCCCACCACCCAGUGCAAGCCGGCCGGCUGGGUUUUGGUUUACUGCACAACUUUGAUGGAACAAGAAGAAAGAGGAGAAGGGGACAGUCUCUUGCUUCGCCUCUCUUACUCCUCUCUUACUCUUAUCACUGCAUCCCAGCUCGCAGUAUCGCUGGACGUGGAUGCCAACUGUCAGCUGAACAGGAUGACGACUCUGGAUAGUAACAACAACGCCCCAGGUGGUGUGAUCAGCUACAUUGGCUCCAAUGGAUCUUAUUCUUCACCGAGCCGCACCAGCCCUGUCUCUCUGUGUGGCAGCGACAGUUCCAAUGGCAGUUGUCCAAUGUCUUCUCAACCCCCCUUCCCCAGCUACUUUCCACCCUCGCCCACUGGAUCUCUAGUGCAGGACUCUGGACGCCUGUAUGGGAGUAGUUCAACUGGACUCCGUGAGGAUGCCUCCCCUUCCUCUUUGUCGUCGUCGUCAUCGUCAUCCUCUUCCUACAGCUCUGGAGGCUCUCCUGGGGGUCUGCAGGUGGCCUUGGAUGAUGGGAGGCGUGUCUCCCCUACUAAGAGCACCAGCAGCAGCAUCACAAAGCUCAACGGGAUGGUCCUUUUGUGUAAAGUCUGUGGAGACGUCGCAUCUGGGUUCCACUAUGGUGUCCACGCUUGUGAAGGCUGCAAGGGUUUCUUCCGGCGCAGCAUUCAACAAAACAUCCAGUACAAAAAGUGCCUGAAGAAUGAGACCUGCAACAUUGUCCGCAUCAACCGGAAUCGCUGCCAGCAGUGCCGGUUCAAGAAGUGUCUGGCCGUCGGCAUGUCCCGUGAUGCUGUACGUUUUGGACGGAUUCCCAAGCGUGAGAAGCAGCGGAUGCUGGCCGAGAUGCAGAGUGCCAUGAACAAUAUGGCUAAUAACCAACUGAGUGCACAGUGUCCAAUGGAGAACUUACCGGUGGGACACCCGCAGCCUGCCAACCCACUGCUGUGCCACCAACCCCAGCUGGCACCCUGCUCCCCACCACCUCACGCAGCUUCGCCACUUCGCCAGCCCUUCUCUUGCUUCUCCCAGUUCUCUCAGCAGCUGACACCCCCACGCUCCCCAAGCCCUGGCGAGGUCAUGGAAGAUGUCAUCUCGCAAGUGGCCAAGGCCCACAAGGAGAUUUUUGUUUAUGCCCACGACAAACUGGCCACAGGGCCCCCACCACCCGUGGCGGGUGACAGUGACUCUCACCAUUGGGAGAACAACUGGUUGGCCAAUGGCUACCCUGGGAAUGGGCUCUGCCAUCAGAAUGACAACUGGAAUGCUGGCUCUGCCCCCAGCAAUACCUGUCACCAGAACAACAUCAAUGGCCAUAGGUUUUGCCCCUCUGGCUAUCCUUCUGAUCCCUCCGCUGGACAGGACUGCCCACGGCAGGGUGUGCCCAGAGACAUACUCUUGGCAUGCCCUAUGAAUUGCCACCCCCAUGGUCGCAGUGGCCGCACAGUCCAGGAGAUUUGGGAGGACUUCUCACUGAGCUUCACGCCUGCUGUACGAGAGGUGGUAGAAUUUGCAAAACACAUCCCUGGUUUCCGGGAGCUUUCACAGCAUGACCAAGUCUCUCUACUGAAAGCUGGCACCUUUGAGGUGCUGAUGGUCCGGUUUGCCUCCCUCUUCAACGUCAAGGAGCAGACUGUGACGUUUGUGAGCCGUACCAAGUACAGCCUUGAGGAGCUGUGGGGGAUGGGCAUGGGUGACCUGCUCACGUCCAUGUUUGAGUUCAGCGAAAAGCUUGGUGCCUUGGAACUCUCCGAAGAAGAGCUGGGCCUCUUCACUGCUGUGGUGCUGGUCUCUGCAGAUCGUUCCGGCAUUGAGAAUGCGGCGUCUGUGGAGCAGCUGCAGGAGACAUUGAUCCGUGCCCUGCGGGCCCUCAUCCUCAAGAUCCACCCCCAGGAGAACUCGCGCUUCACCAAGCUCCUCCUGAAACUUCCUGAUCUGCGCACCCUCAACAACAUGCACUCUGAGAAGCUGCUCUCCUUCCGCAUUGACACUCAGUAGAGGAGGAGAGCACACGGACUACUGCCCACCCUCCUGCCCUACCUUCCCUGCGUUGCACUAAUUGGACUGCUCUCUGGGCCUGGACCCAGCUAUGUAUUUAUACUGGCGUAGCAGCUGCUGCCCCCACCUGCCCAGAAGCAAGCGGCACAGUCGCUUUGUAAAUAUCUCUCUGUAUAUUUGAGUUGUGUGAAUAGAACGUUACUCUUCCUGGCCAUGGCCUUGGCCACAUGGGAAUAAUAUAUUGAAAACAAAUUGC